GAAGACAAUUUUUAGAGGACAGUCACUGGAACCGCAUUGCUUUAUCUGCUUUCGCUCCCCCUCAGGGAAGUUAAGGAAUAUAAUUACAAAUGUAGCCCUCCCACUCCCAGAGAACAAUGCUGUUUUACAGAAUAUAAAGAAGUGUUUAGACAUCACAUUUCAUUCCAUUUCAUUCCAGGAUUGCAAGAUAUGUUUAUCUUGCAAAAGACAACUAGAAAACUGUGUACAUUUUCAAAAUAUAUUGAAGGAAGCUGUCAACAGAAAAUCUACCUCGACAUGUUCAACAAAACGAAUGGCAUUUUCUCAGACACCUACCUUGACACCUAGUUCUACCAAAAAAGAAAAUACAGAUGAUGUGAACAAUAAAGAGAAUGUAUCUAUGAGGAAAACCCACUCUAAAAAGAAAAAGAAACUUCAGUUUUUGGAACUUGAAACAGAUGUACCAAUUGACACAAAUAAAUCUCAGAUGUGUCAUACAGAUCAUAACUAUGGUAGUCUUGCAUCACCAUUGGAUACAACACACCUGAAUUCAGUUAAGGCAAAACAAGAGCUCUUCUGCAAGAAAGACGACAAAACCAACCAGAGUCAAUGCUGUUCUGCAGAUGAUGUUUUCAAAAACAAAAGUUUUUCAGACAUUAACAUCCCCAUUACAUGCUGAUCAACAGAAAACUGCUACUGGCAAUUCCACAAUUGCUAUGAUGUAUGCUAUGGCCAUGAAUAAGAGAAAUAAAGAUCUGUGUGCAAUGCAGAAGAUCAACACCUGUAUUGCCCUUCGCUUCCAUGCAGGUAAUGAUCUAUUAGACAUUUUUAACAAGACAGGUAUAACCCUUUCAGCAGACAGUAAAUACACAUUUCUGGACAAAA